AUGGCGUGGACGGCGGGGGAUCCAUCGGCAGCGGAGGCUCUCCGCCGCGGCCGCAUCCUCUCCAGCCGCCUCUACCUCGACGGCGUCCCCAGCUCCAAGGCACCCGUGGUCUACUCGCCGGCGUACGACAUCGAGUUCAACGGGAUCGAGAAGCAGCACCCGUUUGAUUCGGCGAAAUGGGGUCGCGUCCGCAACUUCCUUGUGGCCGCGGGGCUCCUCCAGGACGACCGGAUCAUCGAGCCGCUGGAAGCCUCCGAAGAUGAUCUGCUAGUGGUGCACUCAGAGUCAUACUUGAGCAGCCUUAAGAGCAGUGCGAUGGUUGCCCGCAUUGUAGAGGUUCCAGCAGUGGCACUACUACCUAACUUGCUUGUUCAGCAAAAACUCCUUUAUCCAUUUCGGAAGCAGGUGGGUGGCUCCAUUUUAUCAGCCAAACUUGCACUAGAAAGAGGAUGGGCUAUCAACAUUGGCGGAGGCUUCCACCAUUGUUCGGCAGAGGAAGGGGGUGGAUUUUGUGCAUAUGCUGAUAUUUCUCUGUGCAUCCAUUUUGCUUUCGUUCGUUUAAAUAUCUCAAGAGUAAUGAUCAUUGAUCUAGAUGCUCACCAAGGAAAUGGCCAUGAAAAAGACUUUGGGAGUGAUGGGAGAGUUUACACCCUGGACAUGUACAACUCUGGAAUAUAUCCUUUUGAUCAUGUGGCUAAGAAGUACAUUGAUCAAAAGGUCGAGUUAGAUAGUGGGACAAAAACAGAAGAUUAUUUGGAGAUCCUUGAUAAAGCUCUCAAGGUAGCUGAAAGUAGAUUUCAGCCCCAGUUGAUUCUGUACAAUGCUGGAACUGAUAUUCUAGAUGGCGAUCCUUUAGGCAGCCUAAAGGUUAGCCCGGAGGGUGUGAUUACUAGAGAUGAAAAGGUUUUCAGGUUUGCAAAGGAUCAGAGUAUUCCUCUCCUGAUGCUGACAUCAGCUUGUUUUAACUGGGCAUCGUUUGUGAUGUGCAAAAUAUCCAACGUCUUCCGGGUGUAUUCUGUAGAGCCCCGCUUCUUGACGUCAACCCUCAAACUCUCCUCUGGUAUGGAUUCUGACUUGGAAAUGGAAUUGAUAACUGCAUUCAGUAUGCUGUUUUUCUGA